UUUUAUAAUUAUUUUAAAGGCUCUUCGUUAGGUUUGGGUAGUUCUAUGCGUUUUUACUUUCAACACUCGUCUACUUUGUUAAUUUGUGUAUUUGAUAAAUUAAGUCUGAAUAUGUGCUCGUCUACUUCAGUAAAUCCCAGCGAUAAUUUUCUGUUUGAACAAUUCAAUGUCAAAUUUAUGAGGUUAAAUUUUAUUAAAAUUUUUUACUAUUAACGACUGCUGAGUAAUUUAAACGUUUGACCUUUCCUCAAAAUUUAAAAAUAUAAAAGCAACUAAUUAAAAACUAAUAUUAAGCAUAAAUCGAAUUAAGUUUAAAAAUUUACUAAAUGUUUUCCCUCUCAUUAAUAGCAUUUUUAUCCCUCACAUUUUAUCUUCAAGUUCAUGCUGCCCCUCCAUAUGGGCAAUUAUCUGUGAAAGGAAGUCAAUUAGUGGGCAGUAAUGGACAACCAGUUCAACUGGUUGGAAUGUCACUUUUCUGGUCGAGUUGUGGUGAAGGCGAAGGUUUUUAUAACAGAGAAACUGUAAAUAGUCUUAAAUGCUCUUGGAAUUCUAAUGUUGUUAGAGCUGCAAUGGGUGUAGAAUAUUCUGGAUGUGGACGACCGGGUUACCUGGAUGCCACAAAUGUUGAGCGGGGAAAGGUCGAAGCAGUUGUUAAGGCCGCGAUAGAGUUGGAUAUGUAUGUUAUUAUUGACUUUCACGACCACAAUGCUCAGGGACAUGUGAAACAAGCUAAAGAAUUCUUCGCAUAUUUUGCCCAAAACUACGGAUCUAAAUACCCAAAUAUCAUUUAUGAGACUUUCAAUGAGCCACUACAAGUAGACUGGAAUGGUGUAAAAUCAUAUCAUGAGCAAGUUGUUGCAGAAAUUAGAAAAUAUGACAAAAAGAAUGUCAUCGUUCUCGGUACAACAACUUGGUCUCAAGAUGUUGAUACUGCUGCUAAUAAUGCUGUAAGGGGUUCAAACCUUUGCUACACUUUACACUUCUACGCAGCAACUCAUAAACAAAAUUUAAGGGACAAGGCGCAGGCUGCAAUGAAUAAGGUUUGA